GGAAAAAAGGAAACUGCGCAGUCUGCAGGCUCCGUGGCGGCCAAGUGCAGAGAGCUGAGAGCCCACGGGGGCGGAGCGGUGAGUGUAGCCGCCAGCGGAGAUCACACCCCCAGCACCCGCGAGCCCGACGCCGGGCUUCCAUGGGGCACCGUCUCGGCCCGGCCCCGGCCCCGACCCCUGCCAGCGGCGCGUGCCUGUGUUGACCCGGACUUGAGACUUAAGCGGAGAAUCGCGCCGCUGGGAGAGGUAUUGGAGAGCACCAUGGCUGAACAACUCCUUCCCCAGGCCUUGUAUUUGAGCAAUAUGCGGAAAGCUGUGAAGAUAAGAGAGAGAACUCCAGAAGAUGUUUUUAAACCUACCAAUGGGAUCAUUCAUCAUUUUAGGACCAUGCACCGGUACACACUGGAAAUGUUUAGAACUUGCCAGUUUUGCCCACAGUUUCGGGAGAUCAUCCACAAAGCCCUCAUCGACAGAAACAUCCAGGCGUCCCUGGAAAGCCAGAAGAAGCUCAAUUGGUGUCGAGAAGUCAGGAAGCUGGUGGCUCUGAAAACAAAUGGGGACGGCAACUGCCUCAUGCACGCUGUUUCUCAGUACUUGUGGGGCAUUCCAGACACAGACUUGGUCCUGAGAAAGGCACUCUUCAGCACGCUUAAGGAGACGGACACGCAAAACUUUAAAUUCCGCUGGCAACUGGAGUCUCUCAGAUCUCAGGAAUUUGUGGAAACGGGGCUUUGCUAUGACACUCGGAACUGGAAUGACGAAUGGGACAACCUUAUCAAGAUGGCUUCCACAGACACGCCAGGGGCCCAAGGUGGACUUCAGUAUAAUUCCCUGGAAGAAAUACACAUAUUUGUCCUCUGUAACAUCCUCAGAAGGCCGAUCAUUGUCAUUUCAGACAAAAUGCUAAGAAGUUUGGAAUCGGGCUCAAAUUUCGCCCCUUUGAGACUGGGCGGAAUUUACCUGCCCCUCCACUGGCCUGCCCAGGAGUGCUAUAGAUACCCCAUUGUCCUCGGCUACGACAGCCAGCAUUUUGUACCCCUCGUGACCCUGAAGGACAGUGGACCUGAAAUCCGAGCUGUCCCACUUGUUAACAGAGACCGAGGAAGAUUUGAAGACUUAAAAGUUCACUUUUUGACAGAUCAUGAAAAGGAGAUGAAGGAAAAGCUCUUAAAAGAGCACUUGAUGCUGAUAGAGAUUCCAGUCCAAGGUUGGGACCAUGGCACGACUCACCUCAUCAAUGCUGCAAAGUUGGAUGAAGCUAACUUACCCAAAGAAAUCAAUCUGGUAGACGAUUACUUUGAACUUGUUCAGCAUGAGUAUAAGAACUGGCAGGAAAACAGCGAGCGGGGAAGGAAGGAGCUGCAUGCUCAGAAUCCUUUGGAGCCUGCCAUGCCCCAGCUCUCUCUCAUGGAUGUAAAAUGUGAAACACCCAACUGUCCUUUCUUCAUGUCCGUAAACACUCAGCCUUUAUGCCAUGAAUGCGCAGAGAGGCGGCAAAAGAAUCAAAACAAACUCCCAAAGCUGAACUCCAAGCCAGGCACCAAGGGGCUCCCUGGUGUGGCACUCGGGGCCUCCCGAGGAGAGGCCUGUGAUCCCCUGAACUGGAAUCCUGAGGAGCCAGCUGGGGGCCCGCAUUCAGCCCCGCCAACAGCACCCAGCCUUUUCCUGUUCAGUGAGACCACGGCCAUGAAGUGCAGGAGCCCUGGCUGCCCAUUCACGCUGAACGUGCAGCACAAUGGACUUUGUGAGCGCUGCCAUAAUGCCCGGCAGCGUCACGCCGGCCACACUGCAGACCACACCAGGCAUUUAGAUCCCAGCAAGUGCCGCACCUGCCUGCAGGACGUCACCAGGACGUUUAAUGGAAUCUGCAGCACUUGCUUCAAAAGGACUACGGCAGAGCCCUCCCCCAGCCUCAACUCUAGCGUCCUUCCCUCCUGUCAUCAGCGGUCCAAGUCGGACCCCUCACAGCUUACACGGAGUCCCUCCCCACAUUCGUGCCACAGAGCUGGAAUUGACACCCCAUCUGGCUGCCUCGCUCCAACUACACGGACUCCAGGGGACAGGACAGGGCCAAGCAAGUGCAGAAAACCUGGCUGCAUGUAUUUUGGGACUCCAGAAAAUAAGGGCUUUUGCACACUAUGUUUCAUCGAAUACAGAGAAAAUAAACAUUUUGUCACUGCCUCAGGAAAAGCCGGUCCCACGCCCUCCAGGUUCCAGAACACCGUUCCAUGCCUAGGCAGGGAGUGUGGCACCCUCGGAAGCACCAUGUUUGAAGGCUACUGUCAGAAGUGCUUCAUUGAAGCUCAGAACCAGAGAUUUCAUGAAGCCAAAAGGACCGAAGAGCAACUGAGAUCCAGCCAGCGCAGAGACGUGUCUCGAGCCACACAGAGCACCCCAAGGCCCAAGUGCGCUCGGGCCUCCUGCAAGAACAUCCUAGCCUGCCGCAAUGAGGAGCUCUGCAUGGAGUGCCAGCACCUGCCCCGCCGGGCCGAGCCGGCUGCCGAGGAGCCCCCCAAGCAGCGCUGCCGGGCCCCUGCCUGUGAUCACUUCGGCAAUGCCAAGUGCAACGGCUACUGCAACGAGUGCUUUCAGUUCAAGCAGAUGUAUGGCUGACCAGGGCAGUGGCCAGCCCCUGCCAGGAGAGGGGCCUCAAGUCGCCAGCCAGCGUGGUGCUAUCCUCUAACCCUCAGCCACCACUGGAGGGUCAGUCCCCGCAGUGAUGGGCUCGAGGGUGUCACUGAGCGGGGGAGGAAAGAUAAGCAUUGUGCCAUGAGGCUGGGGUCUGGUAACUGGGGAAUUGUUCUCAGGGGGCCUUAGAAAGCAAAGCCUGUGACUGGCCGUCGUUGAUGUCAGACUCAGCCCAUGCAGAAGGCCGGAAGUGUCUUUGGACUUGGAACAUGAGUGGGGACCACCUGUGACCUGUGCCCCACCAAGACUGCUCUGUCAUGUUGGGAGAGAAGGGAAAAGCCACGCUGCUGGGCAGGUCGGGGAUCCCGGAGCCAUUUCACCGGCCCUCCCCCAGCAUUUCGUGGAGAUGUGAAGCUGAAUCCUUACGGCUGCGAGGCCCUCUGCAAGAAGCUCAAGGAAGCUCAGGGAAGAUGGACACAUUCAGAGAGUGUCAGCCAUUAACGGCUUUUUCCUAUCCAUCUAGUCCCUUUCCUGGGGACCCGGCAGAAAAGCAGAACCUCCGCGGACUAUGAUUCUGAGGCAGCCGAGAUGACAUGUUCACCUGAAAACAAGCUGCUCUGUACAAUGCGCACCUUGGGAAAUCAGAAUUACUGUAGUGAGAAGACGUGUGACUCAGGGUUAGCACUGUCUUUCCUCCUCAGAAGAGGGGCCUGAACUGAGGUGUGUGUGAGAACGUGUAUAUAGAUGCUAGGCCCUUAUGUUAUGUGUGAGGGUUUUUUUAAAUUAUACUGAAAUGCUGCUGUAAAUAGGAAAACUGAAUAAUAAUAAACCUAUUUUCUGGUUGUUGGGACAAUGUCUAUAACACACCCCUUAUAUGAAUUCAACCAGCUGCCUAUUUAAGGGGAGCUGUCCAGUAAUUCACUUUAUUUAUUUUGUUACAAACAUCAAGGUUAUUUAAAUGAAGAUAUUUUUUCUACUCUGGGGAAAAUGCUGCAGUAUCUUCUUGAGGCACCAUUGUUGCUCUGGGUCAGGUUAGAGAACCCGAGAAGUGCCUGAGCACAGUGAGGGAGUCGGCCUCUUUGACCCACUUUGCAGGCCUCCCCAAGAAAGAAGGAAUGGCAUCAAGGGUAAAUUAAAGUCUCAUUAAAGGGUAAAUUAAUGAAUUUGUCCUUAGGAAACUCUGUAUGGUCAUAAAUAACUAUCUGUGUUCUGUAGAUACCUGUGCAUAUCCUACCUCCUUGGAGAGAAAAUAGAGAUGGAGUGGAGACGAGAUUGGGAGCGGUCACAGGGAAAGCUGUGGCCUUCCAUGUGCCUUUAUUUGCUGUGUUAAUGCAAUGUCCUGGGAGGCUGGGCAGUGACCUGGCGUCCCGGGGCUCCCCAGCAUUGGCACAGCAAAACCCAGUAGCCAUGAGUCUGAGGAAAUGUCUUUGUGUCGUUGGCCUGCAGUUUCUCUCUGUGCGUCGUGUUGCUGUCAUGCUUGCUCUAGGGGAGCUCUAAAAGGGGAAAUGCAAUUUCCUAGGAAGAAAGGCUGUUAUUCUUUCAGUCCAGACUUAGGACCUGAAACUAUCUGUGAUACGUAACUCGACAUCACCUGUACUCACGUUAGCAGUUUUUCCAGUUGGAGCUCUCAAAAUUGUUUGCCCGGACACAGAUGGUUUUUUUCCAGAGGUGUCGAAUAAACUUCAGUGUUUUUCCUCUGCAUCUCUAAAAGUUGACCCCUUCAUAUUUUGUGUCUGUCAAGAUUUUCAUUCUUAAUGUGAAAGACAUAGAAUUAUUUAUACUUACGAUAGAACAUAUUUGAAAUUUGCACAUUUAGUUGUCUCUAAUAGAAAAUGCUGUACUCUUUGGUGGACUUCUUCAAGUUUUCCUAAAUACAUGUAACUUUUCACAAG